GUAGUUCAUUACCGAAUUGCCACUCUGAUAUCUCUAAUUUGGUUUUGUUUCUAAACAAAAAUAAAUGCAUAACUCUCCCAAUUAUCAUUUAGUUUUAUCUAACUGCCAAGGCUUAAAAAAACGUGUUAUAAUUAUUAAAGAGACCAAAUUAGUUAUACAAUGUCUCGUCAGCUAGGGUUAAUUAUGUCACAAAAUAAUCAAAACUUAUAGUUGAUUUUACAUGUUUUAUUUUUGUAUAUAUAUAUAUAUAUUCAACCAAAAAAAAUAACAUGUCAUAAUAAUAAUAUCCAUGUAAUAACAAAUUACGUACGGCUCUAAAAGCUUGAUGGCUAACUAACUUUCCUUAAAAUUAACUCAACCUCCCACAACCUUAAAUAAUAACUCCCUAAUUAACUCUGUAAAGAUCUCUUUUCUCUUAAAAGUAAUAAUUAAAAAAAACCUAUAGCAAAUUAGUUCUACGUAUAUCAAAAAAGAAAAAGAAGAAAAAAAAAAAUAAAAAAGAAAACAUAUAUACGUACAUAUAAAUUUAUGCCGGAGAUAUGCCCGGAGGACACGUGGCAUCAGCACAGAUCCUAGAGGUGAAUAUCUUAUCGGCAAAUGACUUAGCUACGGUGGCCAAGUUGAUGAAAACAUUCGUGGUCGCCUGGGUUCAACUCGACCGGAAAGUGAGAACCCGGGUCGACCCGAACGGGCAUACUAACCCGACGUGGAACGAGAAGCUCGUUUUUCGAAUCAACUACGACUCUCUCAUUCUCAACGACUCCGCCGCCUCUCUCACCGCCGAGAUCUACUCAACCUCGGCACGUGGCGUCGACACGCUCGUCGGGAGCGUGGUCGUUCCCAUCAGCAGCCUCUUUCCUCCUUCCUCUAUCGCCUCACAUUCCAAGAUGCAGUUCAUGACUCUCCAGAUUCUCCGGCCCUCGGGUCGGCCUCAGGGGGUUCUCAACGUCGGAGUCUCUUUAUUGGAAGGAACCAGACGAAGCUUCGAUCUAAGUUCCGUCGCGCAAUCGGAUCAGAUACCCGACCCGAAAACUUUCCAUAACAACAACCAUAAAAACCAGUUCGCCAAUGGGUCAAAGGCGACGCCAAAAAAUCAGUUACGGCACUCGAAAAGUGAACGAUCGAUAAUGAGCGGAGCUCAGGCGGCGGAUAAAAAGGGAUCGAUGUGUUCAGACGUGGGACCAUCGCCGUCGGUGGUGGCGGCGGCAAUCGCGAUGGGAUUAUAUCCUCGAGGAGCGGCGACGGCGACAACGAUGACGGAGGAUGAUCAGACGGCGGCUAGAAGCUCGAUUGUUCUGAAUAAUUGGAUCGAAGAUGAUAGCGUGGAAGGGCUUAAGACGAAAAUCGAGAGGUGGCGAUCGGAGAUUCAUCCGAUUUACGAGAGGAGGCAGCAGCAGGUGAAUAAAAUCAAUUACGGAAGGUCGAGUUAUCGGAGGAACAACAACAAUGAGGCGGCGCCGGUGGCAAAGAGGUCGGAGCACAGACGGGCCGGGUCGGGUGGCGGGUUGUUCUCGUGCUUUGGGACGGCUUAUGGUUGCGAGUUUUCGAUAUCUUGUGGUGGUGGUAGCCGUAGGCAUAAUAGUAAGAAGUUUGAUAAUAAUGGGGACAAGACUCAUCUUAGCCUAUCUGAAUUUUCAUACGAUGAUCCGUAUGUAUAGACUUUCAUCAAUUCUUUCUUUUUACUAUAGAGAGUUUUUCUUUUUUCCCUUCUUAAACAAUUUUAUGUAUAUAACAUUUGAUGAUCAUGAUAUAUAUUAUGCAUGCACUUACGCAA